UUGUAAAUGCUUGUGUUAGCCAACACAAUAGCGCUAGCGUCGCGGGAGAGCACUGAAGUUUGAGAAGAAGCCGCCAUGUUGUUCUGUUGCUCAUGUUCACUGUGCCUACGUGUAUGACUAUUGUUUAAAGAAUUUUAGAAGAUAAAUAACCAGCAGCCUACAAUGGAUGCAAAUGAAGAUAGCAGUACCGAGGAAGCUUUAAAGCAGCCUGCAAUGGAUGUUACAAAUGAAGAUGUUAGUUUUGACGAUGAAGCUUUAAGGAAAAAGCUGUUAAUUGCAAAACAGGAAGCAUAUGAAAGAAGAUUAAACGAUGACAAACUGAAAAAAGAGUUGCAAAAACAAGUAGCAAAAGAAAAAAGACGCCAAAAGAGAGAAAAAGAAAUGGAAGAAAAAAGAAGUGUGAGUGAGAUAUUAAAUCAGGACAAGGGGAAAAAAGAACUGAACCAACAAGCAAAGAAAGAAGGUUGUAAAAAGAGAGAAAGGGUAAUUGAAAACAAAAGAAGAAAUAUUGGAAUAUUAAAAGAAAGCAGUAUGCCUAGGCCUGAUGCAGCAGUUGAACCCAAACCAAAUAUGUGCAAAAGUAAAAGCAACAAACAAAAUAAUGGUGAGAGCACUGGGGUUUCAAAAAUGCCAAGACUUAAAGUAGGCAUAAAAAAAAAGGGAAAGGCCAAAAGUCUUGAGGAAAAAAGGAAAUAUGAGAGGGAGAAGAAAAGGAAGCAAAGAGAAAAAAUUAGAUCAGAUGCAGAUUUAUAUGCAAAAUAUCUAGAAAAUGAAAGAAUUCAGAACAAGAAGCGGAAAGAAACGGGAAAAAUAAAAUCAAUUAACGAAAUGUCAAAGAGAGAGCAAAGAGUUCAACGAAAAAAAUGGAGAGAAAAUUCAAUGCGGUAUGCACAAAGAAAAAAGAAAAGGGAAAGGGAGGAGGAAUUUAUGAGGGAAAAUAGUCCCCCGCCAGAAACUAUACUAUCACCAAAUUCAUCAGUCUCUUCAGCAAAUAAGAUCAGUGGUCGAAAAAAAGUAAGGAGAGAUAGAAGUAAAGUUGUGAGAGAACUUGAAAAAACAAAAAAAAUGUACAAAAGAUCUGUAGCUUUAGCUGAAAAGUGGAAAAAAAGAUACUAUAAAAAAAUGUCCAAAGUUGAGGCAUCUCCAAGUCCAAAGAAAAGGGUCGAAGCUACUAUUUCUAAAGGAAUUGCCGAAGUGAGAAAAAAACUCCUUUUUGCAGAAGCUUUAAAUAAACAACUACGUUCAAAAGCAAAACUUUUAAAAUCACACAGGGACAAACAAACAUUCUAUAAAUGUUUGUCAGGUACCACUUUGAAGAAGUAUAGAUGUUUAAAGGAAGCCAGAGGAUUUUUGAAAAGGUCAGAAAAAAAAUACCGGUGCAACAAUAGUUUGAGACAAUUUGAACGAAAAAAAAAAUCUACCAGCAUAGGCUACCUUCAAAAAAAAGCCAUUCAAAAGUUCCUUGAAGACGAUGACAAUAGUAUAGUCAGGCCUGGAAAGAAAGAUUUUAUCAGAAGGAAAAACAUAAAAAAACAGGCAAGGUACUUGCAAGAUACCCUGGAAAACCUGCAUGGUAAAUUUUGUGUCACAAACUUUAGAAUAUCAAAAUCGUCAUUUUACCGACACAGACCAUGGUGGAUUGUUGAACCUAAAAUGAGUGCUCGUGACACGUGUCUGUGUAUUGUACACGAGAAUAUGAAGUUUCUUCAUGCAAAGUUGAAACGACUGAAAAUCGUAAAUGAAAAUAAUGUGUCCGGUAUCAUUAAAAGUAUAUCUUGUGAUGCAUCAAACAAAGAAUGUAGCUACAGGGAGUGUGCCAGGUGUGAAAGCCAAACUGUAGUUUUUGAAAACCUAACAGACAUAGCAGAAGAUGAUGUUACAUGUUUCUACCAAUGGCGUAAGAAGAUCCAAAGUUGGAAUAAAAAGGGAAUAACUAUGUCUAAGAAAGUAACAGUUAAGGAGCAAGUCAGAUGCACAAUUGCUGAACUAAAACAACAGUAUAUUGAUCAAUUAAAUCUAUAUAAAAUACAUACAUAUAACAUCCAACAUCAGUCCACAGCCCUUAAGUGCCUAAAAGAACAUUUGAAGCCUAAUGAAAUUGUCAUCGUUGCAGACUUCUCAGAAAAUUACUCCUGUAAGUAUUCUGAGGAGGUCCAAAGUGCACACUUUGGAGGGGCUAAGGCAGAAGUAACGCUACACACUGGUGUAUUUUACACUAAGUGCAAUAUAAAGGGUAACCAAUUUGCUACGAUAUCACCAUCAAAGCGGCAUGACGCGUCAGCAGUUUGGGCCCACUUGACCCCAAUCUUAAAAGAAAUCAAAUCAAACCACCCCGAAACAAAUACAAUUCAUUUUCAAAGUGAUGGCCCUACAAGCCAAUACAGAAAUCGCUUUAAUUUCUAUUUAAUGAAAAAAAUAUUAAUCGAAAUUGGGAUUGAAAGAGCUACAUGGAAUUUCACUGAACCUGGCCAUGGGAAGGGGACAGCUGAUGGGGUUGGAGGCCAGCUGAAACGAAAAGCUGAUCAGCUGGUGUUACAUGGCCAUGACAUUACAUGUGCCACUGAACUAUUCAAAGAACUUGACCAAAACGCUUCCAAAGUAAAACUACAUUUUGUUCCGGAAGAAGAUAUCAAUCAAAUUGACCUGAAGAGAGGUAAAGAAGAAAAUAUUCAACAAAUAAAAAAUACAUUGAAGCUCCGACAGGUUGCCUGGAAUGCAGCAGAUCAAGAUGGUCUACAACUUAGACUGCUGUCUUGUUUCCAGUGUUUACAAACCUGUAAACACUAUAGCCUGACUCCAAAUUAUCAUUCAUUCUCCAAUGAUCAGACUACCAGUACUGGAAAAAUACGUAAAAGUAGGGGGAAAAAAACAGGCUAUGACCUACCGGCUGUACCUGAGAUGAUCAAUGGUGAAGAUAUUUCCACCGUAAUAACCGACGUUAAAGAAGAGUCAUGGGUUGCUGCGAUAUAUGAUGACAAUUGGUAUCCAGGCCAAGUUGACUCAAUGGAGGGCGAGAAAAUUACAGUUAAUUUUAUGAAAAGGGUUGGUGAUACAAGAUUCAUUUGGCCAACCACAAAAGAUCGACAAGAGCUCAUGAAGAAUGAGAUUUUGUGCUGCAUUGAGCCACCAUAUCCAAUCUCAGCCCGGCAUUAUACUAUUCCCAAUAUUCAAGCCAUAAACAACAAAAUGGAAUCUGUUCUUAAUCAAUAAAUUCAAUUUCAGAAACCAAUUUUAUUCAAUGAAGUGUCAAAUCAAACUGUCAAUUUGAUUUUAUAGUUAAACGUUUUUCUUUCAAAAAGUUGUUAAAUGUUAAACAAUUGUUCACCAGUAUUUCUUGACAAAAUUAUUUUUAUUACAUAAUGUUUUUAGAUCUUCAGAAUAUAUGCAAAUAAAACUAAAUAAAUCAGUUUUAUUCAAUAACCUUCAGUACGACUUCUCAUUACAGUCCCUGGUCAAUGUCACUACUGUCCCUAUGUGCUCAUCACUGUCCCCAUUUCUUCAUUACUGUCCCUCACAUGAAAUAAUUAGUUAGAGAAUUCAGAUUGUUUAUAAUAAUAACAUUUUACUAUGAAACUGUUAAUAAAGGAUCUAAGUAAUGAUUUCAUGUUAAUAAUAAAUUAAAUACCAGGCAAUACUCACCGCUGGGACGUUUAUAAAGUUGCAUAAUUGUAAUAUUUUUGAAACAGUUUGGUAAAAUGCAAAUAUGAAUGGUCA